GGUCCAGCUGGGCUCCCGCGGGCGCCGCUCAGGCCUUCGUCCAGGCAGGCACGCGAGGGAGGCCUGGGAGCCAUGGGUGACUGGAGCCUCCUGGAAAAGCUGCUGGACCAGGUCCAGGAGCACUCCACAGUGGUGGGCAAGAUCUGGCUGACCGUGCUCUUCAUCUUCCGAAUCCUCAUUCUGGGCCUGGCUGGCGAGUCGGUUUGGGGCGAUGAGCGGUCUGAUUUUGAGUGUAACACUAUCCAGCCGGGCUGCACCAACGUGUGUUACGACCAGGCUUUCCCAAUCUCCCACAUCCGCUACUGGGUGCUACAGUUCCUCUUCGUCAGUACGCCCACUUUGAUCUACCUGGGCCAUGUCCUCUACCUCUCUCGGCUAGAGGAGAAACUGAGGCAGAAGGAGGGGGAGCUGCGGGCUCUGCCAUCGAAAGACCCACACGUGGAUCGGGCCCUGGCAUCUAUAGAGCGGCAGAUCGCUAAGAUCUCGGUCAGGGAAGAUGGACGCCUGCGAAUCCGUGGGGCACUGAUGGGCAGCUACAUGGUCAGCGUGGUGUGCAAGAGUGUGUUUGAGGCCGGCUUUCUCUAUGGCCAGUGGUGCCUCUACGGCUGGAUCAUGCAGCCGUUGUAUGUGUGCCACCGUGUGCCCUGCCCCCACUCCGUGGACUGCUAUGUCUCUCGCCCCACGGAGAAAACCAUCUUUAUCAUCUUCAUGCUGGUGAUGGGUCUCAUCUCCCUGGUACUCAACCUGUUGGAGCUGGCACACCUGCUACGCCACUACAUCCGGCGGGGGCUAAGGCUCUGGCACAGCAAGGAGGAGCCCACAGCGCAGGACCCAUCCUCGCACCCCUACCCUGACCAGGUCUUCUUCUACCUCCCCAUGGGCGAGGGGCCCUCCUCUCCACCAUGCCCUACCUACAACGGGCUCUCAUCCACGGAGCAAAACUGGGCCAACUUGACCACGGAGGAGAGGCUGGCCUCUUCCAAGGCCCCCCUCUUCCUCGACCCACCCCCGCAGUGCAUGGGGAAGUCCCCCAGUGGUCCCAGCGGCAGCAUUUCUAAGAUGCAGUAUGUUUAGCAGCCGGGGCGUAUGUCACUCAAGAGCGGGGUCCUGAGAAGUCUGGUGACCUUAGCUGACCCCUCCUAGGAAGCUCUGCAGGGGUGACUGGACUCUGUGUAGAUGAUUGGCUGGCGACUGCCUCAUCACAGGUUCUGGAUCCUGGCCCUCCCUGGUUGACCAGAGGGCACUUGAGGAUUCCGCCCCAGGAAGUGCCUUUGUCCCAGGCACUGAUGGAGCCAGCUCCAGUGUUCUUGGCCAAGGGUGUUACAGACCCGGUGGCUUAUUCCUCCUGAUCCAGAGGAACCCAGAGUCAACUUAUCCCAUCCCCUGAAAGAGUCUCCUCCGUUGGCCGUCCUCACAUCCUCUCCUCACAGGAAGAGAGGCUGGUGCAGGCUGCUGGGUCGGCCUGGCUGGCGCAGGUAGGACAGGCAGCCAGAAGUGUCCCAAGACAGGUGCCUUGUUUCUAUCAUUACUCCCUUGUUCUGCUGUUUGUGCUUCCAAAAUAAACAGGACUUGAUCUCGGGCCA